AUGAGUUUCGUUACACGCAGAGCUCUUUCCACCCUCAUCCCUCCCAAGGUUGCUUCUCCAUCUGGACUCGGAGCUGCCAAAGAUGCUGCCCGUAUGCAACGUGUAGUUAGCUUCUACGAGAAACUUCCCCGCGGACCAGCACCAGAGGUUAAGGCCAAGGGAUUGUUGGGUAGAUACCAAGCCAAGUACUUCGGAAAGAACCCUUCAGCCACACCUAUCAUUCACGCCUUGAUCUUUUUGGUUGGUAUUGGUUAUGCUCAAAACUACUACUUCCACUUGCGUCACCACAAGAACAAUGCUCACUAG